UGCGAGGGCCCGAUCAUCGCUGCUUGCAGCUUUAAUUAAUCUUGUUAUACAAGUUUUUUUUUACAAGUUACUUUUUUUAAUAAGAAACUUUUUGUGCAACAUGCCAAAGUACAUAUCAUGAAAAGAUUCAUACAUUUUUAGCUUAUACAUACAUUUUCAAAUGCUUAUUUUCACAUUAUUAGUUUAGUUGGUGUAAUGAAAUACUAUUUUCUUGCACUGUUUUCUAAUGUUACCUUUAGAAAAAUAGUAGAUAGACUUAGACUGCUAUAUGAAAUUUUCAAGUUUAUUUGUGAUAGAAUAUUUUUCUCUUAUAUGUUUACUUAUAUUUUCUUGGAAUUUGGAAUUUGAAAUCCAAAGUGGCCAAUUGUAGAGCAUCUUGAAAACUUAUGUCAUUCUAAUACAACUUAUAUUAAGUCUUUACUGAUCCAGUUUGCUAUUUAAUGUUUUGAUCAAAUAUGUUUUAUUAUUAUUUAUUUUAAUAUUUAUUAUUUAUUAGAAUGCUUUUUCAGAUACUUUUGCAAUAUGCUCUUGGGUCACACCACUGGCACAAUUUUACCACAGAGUGUCUUUUUGUCCGGUCUGUAGAAAAGUUGAACUGGAUUAUGUGCAAACACAAAUGUUCUCUCUGUUUCUCUCUUUUAUUCAGAUUUCAUUCUAAGAAUAAGAAAGAGGGUUGAAAAGGGGAAGAGGCAAAUCAUAAAGUCAUACUUAUUCAGUCACCUGACCCAUGACUGUUAUUUAAUAGAAGCAUCUGAAAAUAAUCUCUUUUUCAGAUUGUCUUUCCAAAAUUUUCCAAUUUUAAGAUUUAAUUUGUCAAAAUGGUAUCUGAAUAUAACAAAAACCUCACCAUGACCAUGUUAAAUUUCACAACUCCAAUCCCUGGUGAUGGAGGCAGCGGCGGAGGUUGCUGUCAAUCAGACCAUAGUCAACUGGAAGGUGCCAUCCUACCCCCUGUCCUCACCAUCGACGUCAUACUGGGGCUGCUGGGAAAUAUGGUUGCUCUGUGGAUAUUUUGCUUUAAACUGAAGGUCUGGAACCCCAACAACCUGUUCCUCUUCAACCUGGUUAUCGCCGACUUCCUGGCUCUCAUGAGCCUGCCUCUCAGGAUCGAUGCUGCGCUCAGAGGCCACUGGGUGUUUGGUGAUGGCAUGUGCAGGAUUGACCUCUUUCUGAUGUUUUCCAACCGCUCGGCCAGCAUUGCACUCAUGACUGUGGUGGCAAUUUACCGCUACUUUAAGGUGGUCCACCCUCACCACCGGUUCAACCAUCUGACCAAGAGACAGGCUGUGCACGUGUUAGUGUUUGUCUGGCUGUUGGUCAUCAGCCUUUGGGCUCCCAUACUGGCUUAUAAACACAUUAAAGGCAGUGGCAACAGCACCCAGUGCUUAUACUUCACUUCUUCUUCACUCACCAUCAUAGUCAAAAUGCACCGCAUGCUGACGGUGCUGGAGUUUAUCAUCCCAAUGGUCAUGUUGUUGUUUUGCUCCAUCCGGAUUUCCAUCUUCCUGAGGGAGCGGAAAAUGGGAAAAUCUGAAAAGGUGCGCAAGGCGAUGAGGGUGUGCAAUGCCAUCGUCGCUGUGUUCAUAGUGUGCUUCUUACCUACCGUAGUGACGAGCAUCGGGCUGGGGGUCAUCCACUCGUACCGCCCACAGGACUGCGCCACCCAUUACACUUUCACCCACCUCAUCAUCGUGUCUUUGGGGCUGAACUUCCUGAACUCAGCUCUGGACCCCAUCUUAUACAUCUUCUCCAGCUCCAUGUUCAGGAAGGCGCUUUGCAGCUCACUUCCCCGUUUCCUGCGCUGCGGUCAGGACACAGGCGACACAGAGGAGACUGAAUGUCAGUCGACCACCCAGCAGGAAACUGUAAUCCAUGAGGGCCGACAGAGGGAAUGAAGCCAGGUAAUACGCUUUUCUUCAAUAACAAUGACUGGAUUAUGUUUUAAUGUGUUUGAUUUUUGUAGUAUUUUGUACUGAAUUGUCUGCUUGUAUUGUGUGUUUUAUUAAAUUUUUUUAUGCUGCUGAAGCUUUGUUUUACGUCUGUGAACUUUGUAAACACAUUAGAUUUUCAGUUAUCAUAAUUUCUUAAAUCCAAAGUCAGUGUAUGUAAAUAUACUUCAAACUUCUGUGGUUGAAGAGAUUACAGAUGUGUGUUUUAAUUAUAGGUAUUUAUUGAACCUUUAAAAGUUCAAAUUGCCCUCAAAGUUUGGAAAUUUAGAAAAAUACACAUAGAUUUGUUGUGCAUCAUCUUAGACAAAUUUCUGUGAAUUUUGUGAAUAUAUCUAUAUAUAUCUAUAUAUUGAGUCAUGGAUGUACAGACAACUAUCACUGGAUUACUUUGAUACUUAAGAAAACUUGAAAAUAUUCUGAUUCUUCAGCAAGUAAGUUCUGCAGCCUCCUUUUUCUCUGAUUUUUAUAUGGAUUUUUUGAGGUUUAUUGGCAAGGGAUAUCAGGGAUAAUGAUAUCCUCAGGAAGUGUAGGUCACACCAAAUGAUCUCAAUAUGUGUUUCAUGUCUGUGUGGUACGAUCUGACUGAGUUAUGACUCUGAGAAGGAGGAUGGUUUUUGACCUAAAUUCCUCUCAAUGUUUUUGCCUCACCUUCAACUCUCCAGUGCCCCCCUGGGGAGGCUGUCAGGGUUGGUAGUUACAGUGUUGGGAAAGGUGGGGGGGCUGACUUUUUGUUAAACUUCCCGGAGUAAAUUUCUUUUUGUAAAAUACAUCAAAUCUCAAUCAAGUCAAAAUCUCUUUUGUUAAUAUGUUGUUAUUUUGUUAAAGAUAAACUUCAUAGGCUUAAGAGCUAUUUGUUGUUUUAGUAGUUAAUCAGUACCUAAUAAUAACUAACUCUGGAAACUGCACAUGUAUUCCCGCAACAGAAACCUCAAGGUCAUGGGAAAUUUUAGGAUUUAGCAUGUCACCCUCCAUCCAACAGCUCAGCAUAGCUAUUAACUUAAUUCGUCUCUUUUAUCACCAAGAGAAGGAUCCUCUGCAAAACUAAACAAACCUAAACAUUUCUUUAAAUUUAAACACUUAAAUGUAACAUUAAUGGUGAAUGUACAUUCAUUCCAGUUUUUCAUAAACAUAAUAUUAAUGUAAUAAUAUAAUAUACUAUAAUAAAAUUGACUUUGUUUUCAUGUUCUGCUUUUCUGCUUAAUGGUGACUGCUAGGGCUGCAACUAGCAAUUAUUUUAAUUAUCAAUGGAUUAUUUUCCUUCCUUCUACGUCUUAUCUGACGCUCUGAGUCACCUCCACACUUUCCGCACUGAAUUCUCUGGGCCUGUUAACCUAGCCUUCUUGAUUUGGCGUGAACACAAUUAUGUGUUUCUGACUCUGUGAACGGGCACCACAUGAGUCAAUUCAAAUUUGAAUACAAAAUGAUUUUAGAUACAUUUUUACAAAUUUUAGCUUUUGAUUUCUACACAUUUCCUUCCUGUAUUCUUUUAGUCUGUUAACCUUGGCCAUCGUGAUUUUCCUUCAAAAUGGCUGCUGAUGCUGGCGUGUGCACUACUGGACCUAAGCUGCCUUUGACAUAAUCAAUCACAGCAUUCUGUUAUAUCUGGGAUAUCUUUUUUCUGAAAUCGAGCAAGUAGUCAAAUGUAUGUUACAUGAUCCAUAAAUAAAAACAAGAUUUACAAAUGUGUAUGUAGAUUUUUGGGUAAUUUAUGGUGUUAUGUGUCCACGUUUGAAACAUUAGAGUUUCUAAUACUUUAUUUCCAUUUUGAGACUUUUUCUGACAUCUGAAAUUAUUAUGAAGAACUAUUUUCUGAAGAUAAAUAUUUCUGUUGUGAGUUUUUCCCCCUUAGUUUAGCCUAGUUGACAUAUCAAAAUAGUCAUUCUUAUGUAGAGGCUCUAAGAUAAAGUCACAUUACAUUUAUUUUCAUCAUUUCUGUGUCUGUGACUUGAUGUGAUGUGAUGCAACAUCCUUUUGC